AACAACCAGCGCGCAGCCGAGAACAACCAGGAGGCUUUCCAGAAGGCCAAGAGCAAGCACGACAAGCUGGAGCACCUGGUCGAGGAAACGGCGCGCCCCCUCAUGAGCAGCUACAUCAUGGCCGAGGCGGGCAAGAUCUUGAUGCGGUUCCUCAGGCACAAGAAGCGCCGCGACCAGGAGGAGUACGACAGGCUCCUCGCCUUUGAGAAGAAGGAGGUGCUCCAGCUCAUGGCCGAGUCGCGCGCAGCAGCGGGCGCGGGCGACGGUGGCGGGGACGGCGCCGAUGGCGCCGCCGCCGCGAGCAGCGCCCCAGCCGGUGCCGCGGCGCCGCGGGAGGCAGGCGUGGCGGGCGGCGUGGAGACCGCGCCCAACGACGGCGGGAUGUCCGACCGCGGCGGCGGCGGCGCCGACGCGCGGGCCGUCUCCGCGGGCGAGGAGGACGUGUUCGGCUUCGGCGGCGGCAUGGGGGAGCCCGAGCCGACGCCCCCCAGACAGCUGACGGCCGCGCGGGACGUCCGCGUGAAGGAGAUCAUCAACGCCGAGGCCGACGCGCUCAUGAUGGUGCCGUGGCAGGCGGGUGCUGCUCCUGGAUCGAGCGGCGACGGGGGGGCGCCGAGUGGCGCGGCUGCGCCCGCGGACCCCGCGCCCGCCAAGCAGCCCCCGAUCGUCGGCUGCCACGGUGCGCUCUCGGAUGAGGACCAUCGGGAGCAGGUGGCGAUCUUUCGCAGCCUAGCCGAGGCCCACCACGGCGCGCACGAGAACCUGGUAACUCCGCCGCGGAAGACCAGGAAGACGGGUCUGGCCUGCGGCGGGCCGCUCUCCCCCGUGGACAUCCAGGAGCAGCAGGCGAUUUUCGCAUCCAUUGUGGCGCAGGCACACGGCGAGACCCUCGUGGUGGACGACGAUGGCGUCGACUUGGAUGCCGAAAUGGAGACGCUCCUCGAUGACAUCGAGGCGGAGCGCGUUGGCGGCGCGAGCCAGCUUCCGGGUGACCAGACGGACUGA